AUGUCAAUCGUUACCUUCUCUCUUCUUAAUUACUUUCCUUUCAUUGCUCUCUCUCUCUCUCUCUCUCUCUCUCUCUCUCUCUCUAAUAUUUUUCUCAUAUUUUCUCACACUCAUUUUCUUCUUUUUUUGGUCUUGUUGUCUGCUUCAAUUUCAUUUCUUUCAGAGAAGUGUUUCCGUAUAAUUUUUGCCUCGUUUUCGCCUUUGUUUUUCUUUUACCUUUCUACCUCUUGUUUGAUAACUCUUCUUUCCUGUGAUUCACGGAUACUCACCAGACCAACAAUCUCGCUAGCGUCAUUCAAUCUUCUUUUCGCAAAAGUAAUUCGACUUCUCUCGAUUCUGCCUGCGUUCUGCUCGCUAAUUGGUUUUUCUUCCUUUUUAUCUGAAACCUUCCAUUUUUUUUUUUACAAUUUCUUUCUUAUUUACCUUUUUCUUUUUUUCUUUCGUUUUCUUUCUUUAUUUUUCUUAUUAUUUUGCUUUUUUCUUUUUUUUUCUUCUUUUUUAUUCUCUUUUUUUUCUUUCUUUUUUUACCUUUUUUUAUUAGAUUUUUCUUCUUUCUUUCUUAUUUAUGUUAUUCAUUUUCUUUCUUCCUUUCUUCCUUUCUCAUUUUCUUUUUCUUUGAUGCUUCUUUUUUUCUUUCCGUCUUAUCCACCAUUUUCUCUUUUCUUUCCUUCUUACUUUCUCCUUUAUCUUUCUUUCUUUUUCUUAUUUAACUUUUCUUUCUUAUUUACUUUUCUUUAUUCUUUUUCUUCCUUUUGUUCUUUCUACCUUUUUCUUUUUUUAUUUUACUUCUUUCGUUUUUUGUUUGUUUCUUUCUUUUUUACGUUUACUUUUCUUUCUUUCUGUCUUUCUUUCUUUCUUUCUUUCUUUCUUUCUUUACACUAUCAAUUCUUAUUCUUAUUUUUUAUUUUUCUUUCUUUUUUUUUUACAUUAUCAUUUCUUAUUCUUUUCUUCCUUUUACAUUUUUUUUUUUUUACUUUCUUUUUCUUUCUUUGCCUUGUCUUCUUUCUUUUUUCUUUGUUUCUUUCUUUCUUUUUAACGUUUACUUUUCUUUCUUUCUUUCUUUCUUUCCGCUUAACCAUUUCUUUCUUUAUUUAUUUCUUUACACUAUCAGUUCUUAUUCUUUCUUUCUUUUGGAUUUACGUAAUGUAUCUACUUCUGACUUUCUUUCCCUUGUCUUCUUUCUUUUUUCUUUAUUUUCUUCUUUCUUACUUACCGUUUUUUUUUUUUUUUUUUCUUUCUUUCUUUCUUUCUUUCUUUCUUUCUUUACACUAUCAACUAUUAUUCUUUCUUUCUUUUGCAUUUACCUUAUCUAUUUACUUCUUACUUUCUUUGCUUGUCUUCUUUCUUUCUUUCUUUCUUUGUUUCUUUUUUCUUUUUUCUUAA